CCCCUCCACCUCCACCCCCUUCCGCCCCACGAACCCUAACCCUAAUCCCGUCGCCGCCGACGCCGCGGGACCGACCCAGCAGCCGCCACGCCGCGCCUCCGGCGUCCACCCUCCCCGGCUCCCCUCCUCGCGCGGCGCGCAGGGGCGCUAGGGUUUUCGUCAUGGACCCGCGCCGCGCCCCCCCGCGCGGCGGGGGCGCCAACGGCGGCGGCGGCGGCGGGCUCUCCUACUCCGCGCUAUUCAACCUCGAGCCUUUGCUGAACUUCAGGGUUCCUGUACCAGAAGAUCUUGCCCGCUAUGGGCAUAGCAGCCCGAAUGGGAGUGGAAGCAGCGAAGGUCAUGGAUCUUUGUUGGAUCAGUACAACGGUAUAAAUGAUGCUUCCCAUGGCCUGCAUCGGAAGCGUAAAAGGCAUCUGGAUGGUGCUAGUGAUGAUGAUGAGGCAGAUGGAUAUAGUAACCGAAUAACAGAGGAGCACUACCGUACAAUGCUCAGUGAACAUGUCCAGAAGUACAGGAGGUCAAAGUUCAAGGAGGGUGCUUUUGGUUCUGAUCCUCCUCGUGUGGCAAGUCCCCAAAUAAAAGACAAAAAUGGUGGUAAAAAAACUAUGAAGCACAGAAGCGAUUUCAGGAAUGUUGCAACAUUGGAUGAAGUAGAAGCCUCACAUGAGUACAGUGGGAUAGAAUGUAUUAAAACCCAUGGUGGUUUUAAUAAGCUUGUAGCGUCCCUUGAUUCCACCUAUUUAGAUAUGGGGGAUAAUAUACGCUAUUCAAUUCCGGAGGGUUAUGAUAAGUUAGCAUCAUCCCUUAAUCUGCCUGUUUCUUCUGAUAUACGCGUCGAGGAACACUUCUUAAAGGGCAUGCUAGAUUUGCGCACCCUAGCAGCAAUGCUUGGUACUGACCAAAAGUUCGAGGCUUCCAAUCGUGGUGGAUUAUCUGAACCUCUGCCACAGUUUGAAUCUCUUCAGGAAAGGGUAAAGGUGCAGAAAUUUUCUCUUCAAGUUACUGAGGACCCCUUUGCAAUCCCAGAAGGAGCAGCUGGGAGAAUACGGAGGUUUAUUAUAUCAGAAGCUGGCAAUUUGCAGGUUCAUUAUGUUAAAGUCUUGGAAAAAGGAGAUACAUAUGAGAUUAUCGAGCGUAGCUUACCAAAGAAGCAAAUAAUAAAGAAGGAACCUUCUGUAAUCGUGAAAGAAGAGGCCGAAAAAACUUACAAACUAUGGCAGUCUCUUGCUACCAAAAGCAUCCCAAAGCAUCACAGGAAUUUCAAUGCUUUGCUGAAGAAACGGCAAGUAGAUGCGAAGCGCUUCUCUGAUAGUUGCCAACGGGAGGUAAAACUCAAAGUAAGCCGAUCACUGAAACUGAUGAGAUGUGCUGCAAUACGUACAAGGAAGCUGGCUAGGGAUAUGCUGAUAUUUUGGAAAAGAGUAGACAAAGAGCAGUAUGAGUUAAGGAAAAAAGAAGAAAGAGAAGCUGCUGAAGCUUUGAAGCGUGAGGAGGAGCUACGUGAAGCAAAAAGACAGCAACAGAGGCUAAACUUUCUGCUUUCACAAACAGAGCUUUAUAGUCAUUUCAUGCAAAACAAGACUGGUGCCUCAGCACCGCCUGAUGAGGAAGAUGUCCCUGAUGAAGAUGAGGAAGAAGAUCCUGAGGAGGCUCAAUUAAAGCGAGAGGCCUUGAGAGCAGCUCAGCAUGCUGUCUCUCAACAAAAGAUGAAGACAAAUGCAUUUGAUAGUGAAAUUGUGAGGCUUCGUCAGACUUCCGAGUCUGGUCUUCCAACUGAUGAUUCAUCUAGCAUGGACCCAAGCAAGAUUGAUUUAUUACACCCUUCAACAAUGCCUGAGAAGUCAUCUGUGCAGACACCGGAGUUGUUUAAGGGUGUAUUAAAAGAGUAUCAGUUAAAGGGCUUACAGUGGCUGGUUAAUUGUUAUGAGCAGGGGUUGAAUGGCAUUCUUGCUGAUGAGAUGGGUCUUGGCAAAACCGUUCAGGCUAUGGCAUUCCUGUCUCAUUUGGCUGAGGACAAAAAUAUAUGGGGCCCCUUUCUUGUGGUGGCUCCUGCAUCUGUUGUGAAUAAUUGGGCUGAGGAGUUGAUUAGAUUCUGCCCUGACCUAAAGAUACUUCCUUACUGGGGCCCAGAGAGGAUAGUUCUCCGGAAGAAUAUCAACCCCAAGCGUCUUUAUCGCAGAGAUGCUAGCUUCCACAUUCUUAUUACAAACUAUCAGAUACUUGUGAAUGAAGAGAAGCUUUUGAGACGUGUUAAGUGGCAAUACAUGGUGCUGGAUGAGGCCCAGGCUAUAAAAAGUUCAAGCAGCCAGCGCUGGAAGACAUUGCUGAGCUUUAACUGUAGAAAUCGUUUGCUGCUCACUGGGACACCGAUACAGAAUAAUAUGGCUGAGUUAUGGGCACUUCUUCAUUUCAUCAUGCCCACACUAUUUGACAGCCAUGAACAAUUCAACGAGUGGUUCUCAAAGGGUAUUGAGGGUCAUGCUGAGCAUGGGGGAGCUUUGAAUGAACAUCAGCUUAGUCGACUGCAUGCAAUUUUGAAGCCCUUUAUGCUGCGCCGGGUUAAGAUUGAUGUCAUCGCUGAAAUGACCAAAAAGAAAGAAGAAAUUGUCCCCUGCAAAUUGAGUUCUCGUCAGCAAGUCUUCUAUCAAGCCAUAAAAAAUAAGAUAUCUCUUAAUGAGCUGCUUGAUGGAAGUCGCGGCAAUCUAAAUGAUAAGAAGUUACUUAGCCUGAUGAAUAUUGUCAUGCAGCUACGGAAGGUCUGCAAUCACCCGGAGCUGUUUGAGCGCAAUGAGGGAAGUUCUUACUUUUACUUUGCUGAUAUCCCAAACUCACUUCUCUCUCCCCCGUUUGGGGAAUUACAAGAUGUAUAUUAUGCCGGCAAGAGAAAUCCUAUAACGUUUGAGAUUCCAAAGUUAGUGUAUGAGGGAAUCAUCCGCAACAUGGAAAUUUCUGGAAACGGCUGUGGAUUUCGGAGUGGAUAUUUGAACAGGCUGUUUAAUAUAUUUUUGCCCAGCAAUAUCCAUUGUUCAGCCAUUCCAGAAGCUAGUUCAUCAGAUGUGUCUGUUCUAUCAUCUGGUGUAUUUGGCUUUACGCGUUUAUCAAAUAUAUCCCCAGUUGAAGCUUCCUUCUUGGCCACUUCUUCAUUGUUUGAGAGACUAGCAUUUUUAGCAAUGCAAUUGAAUAGGAACUACACUGAUGAAAUUAUGGAUGCAUUCAUUGAUUCAGAAGGUCCUGAUGUCUUUAGUCAGAAUGAUUCCACAAGCAUUCGUGCAGUUGCUCGAUUGCUUUCUUCUACAAAGACCAAACCCAGUUUUCUUAGAACAAAGAUUGGAACUGGCCCAGGUGAUUGCCCAUAUGAAGCACUGGUGCUUUCUCAUCAUGACAGGCUUGCAUCGAACAUAAGGCUUCUUCGUUCAGCAUAUGCUUUUAUUCCGCCAGCUAGAGCACCGCCUAUAAAUGUUUGGUGUGCCGAUAGAAAUUUUGCCUACAAGUUCACCGAUGAGAUGCAUGAUCCUUGGGCCAAGAAACUGUUCCUGGGAUUUGCUCGUACUUCCGAGUUCAAUGGUCCUAGACAACCAGCUGGUCUCCAUCCUCUGAUACAAGAACUACAUACUGAUUUGCCCAUACUUGAGCCGAUGCUGCAGCUACCCUAUAGGAUAUUUGGGUCUUCUCCGCCGAUGAGUAAUUUUGAUCCAGCUAAAAUGCUCACUGAUUCUGGGAAGCUCCACACCUUAGAUAUGCUAUUACGGCGCCUUCGAGCUGAAGGUCAUCGUGUGCUCCUUUUUGCUCAGAUGACUAAAAUGUUGGACAUCCUUGAGGAUUACAUGAAUUUCAGAAAAUUCAAGUACUUCAGACUUGAUGGGUCUUCUGCAAUCUCGGACCGUCGUGACAUGGUCCGAGAUUUCCAGAAUAGGAAUGAUGUAUUUGUUUUCUUGUUAAGCACAAGAGCUGGCGGGCUUGGUAUAAAUUUGACCGCUGCUGAUACAGUUAUUUUUUAUGAAAUUGACUGGAAUCCAACUCAAGAUCAGCAGGCAAUGGAUAGAACACACAGACUUGGUCAGACAAAAGAGGUAACUGUGUAUAGACUUAUAUGCAAAGAUACUAUUGAGGAGAAAAUAUUGCAAAGAGCAAAGCAGAAAAAUGCAGUGCAAGAGUUGGUCAUGAAGGGGAAACAUGUCCAGGACGAUCAUUUGAUGAGACAAGAGGAUGUUGUUUCAUUACUUCUUGAUGACACACAAAUUGCACAUAAGUUGAAAGAAAUAUCCAUGCAGGCAAAGGAUCGACAAAAGAAAAGACGAGCGAAGGGCAUCAAGGUCGACAAAGAAGGAGAUUUAACACUAGAGGACUUGGAUGAUGCUACUGCAGAAGCUGUAGAUCAAGAUAACGCAACCAACAAAAAGAAAAAGAGCUCACACAAGAAACAUUCGAGGACACAUGAUAAUGACAAUGUGGACAAGAACGGAGAGGCCCCUACAGGAGGUGAUCUUACAGGGAGUGGUCACGCAGAAAAUGAACAAAUUGCUGAACCAAGGCCUAAAAGAUCAAAAAGGCUGAUGAAGGGCAUGAGUGAUGAUAAGGAACCAGCUGCUGCUGCUGAUCAUGAGAAACCAGCAGAUGAAGUGGAAAAUCACACAGGCCAUGAAUAUGAUGAUACAGAAGAGGUGCAAGACGGAGUGAAAUCUACUGAAUGAGAAGAUGACAACCUUGGAUGCUAAAUGGCAAGAAGAGAAUAAUUUAUCACGCUGAGCUUGGGCAUCAGAAAUGGGUGCAGAUCUGGAGCCUUCUGUGGUCAAGAAAGUAUUUAACCGCACACCUCCCAUAAGGAAAUCAGCAAAAUCGGUGAUUUCGUCAUCAGUGCGGUGGCAAUAAGCUCACGAAGGUUGCCUUUUAAAGGCAAAGGGGUUGCCCUCCAGAGGUUUGCAUGCAGUCUGCUCUGCAGUAUUCAUUGUGCUGGCUGUGACCAUUGUGUACAUAAGCAUGAGAGAUGAUCCAGUGACCAGCACGCAUAUAAAUAAUUUUGUGUAAAGAGCGUAGCUAUCUGUAUUGAUCAUAGUUUUCGUGUUGAUAACUAAAGAAAAGGAGCACGGCUGGAAACAUCUGCCGUGGAGUUUGAACGUGUCUGAUCAUUUCUGACCGUGCAGGCAUGCAUGCUAAUGGUAACUUUCUCUGUAGCGCAUAGAUAUUUGUACCUGAAAGAAGACGCAGCGAAUAGUAUGUGUUUUUGUCGAGCAGACUGUUAUAUGCA